AAACAGUCAUGACUCUUGCUUUAUUUGGUAAACUGAGAAAAAAUCAUAGUUUAAGAACGUGGUCAAGGAUGAUCGAAAUGCCGAAAAGAGUUUUCUUAAAGACUUAUAUUCGAUGCUCAUUCUUCAGAUUAUUCUGGUUGUUUUAUUUCACUGCGUGUAUCAGUACUUUAUUUGCCCUCAUAUAUGUGAUUACUGACACAUCACUACAAGAUGUCACAAUUACCCUCAAUCUUUUGCUGUACCUUACACAUGUCUCACGUCGACUUUAUGAAUGCCUUUAUGUAUCAAUUUUUUCUGAUUCUAGUAUGAACAUCUUGCACUUCUUUUUGGGGAUUUCUUUUUACCCAUUAUGCGUAUGUUCGCAAGUUGUGUCUUUCAUAUCAGGUAGCAUAACUGGAAUGGAUAAUCAGCUUGUUUCAAUGAAAUUACUAUAUGCAAUGCUUGUUGUUGCUGUAUUGCUGAUUCAAGUACAACAACAUCAUUGUUUCGUUUCACUUGCAGCACUUCGUCUGUCUGCUCCUAUGUUGUUGUGUUUCACCUUUGUAGUUCUGAACCAGACCAUUACUGCUUUUUGGAAUCGAAACUGGUAUCAGAAACAUUUUCGUGGAUCUGACACUAACAGGAAAGCUUUGAUACCUUAUAUUUUAUGAAU